AUGGGCGGGGGAGCCGCGGGCGAGCUCGUCGAUCUCACCGGAGAGGAUUCGGGGGAGGAUGACCCCCUGAAUUAUGUACCCGAGGCCGCGCUCGCUCACGUGCGGGCGGCGGGCGGCGGCGGCGCCGUCCUUCAGUUCCAGCAGGACAUCGUCGACGAGCUCCUCGAGCGCGACGGGCUGACGUGCAUCGCGGAGGGGCUCGGGCUCGUCGAGAUCCUCGCGCUGCUGCUGAAGGAGCACACCUACCGAGUCGGCGCCGGCGCGGUUCUCAUCCUCGGGCUCAACGAGUUCAACAGGACCGCGCUGAAGGUCCACUGCAAGAUGCACGGCAUGCCGUAUCCACCCGUGAUCACCGCGGAAGUCACGGGGAAUCGACGCGAAGAGAUUUACCGCAACGGCGGGCCGAUGUUCGUCACCACCCGCAUCGCGGCCGUGGACAUCCUCAGGGAGGCGUUGCCUCCGUCGAACAUCCAAGGCGUCAUCGUCGCAAACGGGCACCGCGUCACUGACAUGUCCCAGGAAGCGUUCGUCGUCCGCCUGUUCCGCUCCGGUAACCGUCGCGGGUUCCUCCGCGCGCUCACCGACCGACCGGGCGAUCUCACGCGCGGAUUCAGCAAGGUUGACCAGGUGAUGAAGUGCCUCAUGACCCGCCAGCUGAACCUGUGGCCGCGGUUUCAGCUCGUCGUCAGGGCUUGCCUCGACGCUCACGCGCCCGAGGUGGUCGAACUGCGCCAGCCCCUCUCGAACCGCGUCAAAAAGAUCCAGGAAGCCAUCGUGCAAGUCAUGGAGGAGUGCAUGACCGAGCUGAAGAAGAGCAAGCACGUGGACACCAGCGAGCUCACCGUGGAGGCUGGUUUGUUCAAGUCGUUUGAUCGAAUCAUCCAGCGGCAGCUGGACCCGGUGUGGAACGUGGUGUCGAGGCGCGUCAAGCAGGUGGUGUGGGACCUUCGGACGCUGAGAAACCUGGCGAACUUUCUCCUGAGGUACGACGCCGUGACGUUCCUGCGGUACCUCGAGACGCUGCGUCUGACGGAGGGAUCGAUGAGCAUGUGGAUGUUCACGCAACACGCGCACACGAUAUUCGAGCAAUCGCGAAGGCGCGUCUACGCGCUUCGCAAGCCGCCGGCUUCGGGCGGCCCCGAGGGACUCGGCGAGGGCUCCGGCGUCGGCGGGAAACGCGCGGCGCCGCCCGAAUCCACCGCGCCCGCGCUUCACAUGGUCCUCGAACCGAUGCCCAAGUGGCGCCUGAUCGAGGAGAUCGUGAAAGAGAUUGACGACGACAAGGAGAAACUCCUUCGUAAGAUGGAAAACCUCGCCGAGCGGUACGGCCAGGGACCGACGCUCAUCGUCGCGAAGGACGAAGCCGCCGCGAGUCAGCUCACCGGGAUGCUCCUCCGAGGCUCGGACGGUUUGAUGCGGCUGAUUUGGGAGAAGUACCUGCGGCAGAGGAAGGCGGCGGGAGACGCGGCGAAGGGGAAGGAGAAGCCGACGGCCGACGCCGGAGCGGGGGGACCGGGCGGCGCCGGUCGCGGCGGGCGCGGCGGGCGCGGCGGCGGAAGGAACAUGAACGUCGCCGUCAUCGGCACCCCCGCGGAGCGCGAGGCCAUCGCGGUGGAGGCGGACAGGCUGCACAAGGAGACGCUUCGGAAAGCUCGCGCGCAAAACGCGCCCGCGGCGCAAGCGAGGGCGAGAGCCGGGCACAAGCAGGCGACGGGUGACCUGGACCCCGCGGGCCCGCCGCCCGCCAAGCAACAGCGCAAGGGCAAGGGCAAGACGGCGACCGUUGGUUCGACGAUCGAGGAGGAACGCGAGGAGACGACGCCGGCGGAUAUCUACGUGCACGCGUUGACGGACCGAGCCGCGGUGCUCGCCACGGUCCGCCCGUCGUUUAUAAUCGUGCACGACCCGGACGCGGCGUUCAUCCGCGAGAUCGAGGUGCACGCCGCGCACAGACCGGGCGCGAGGAUGAGGGUGUACUUUAUGGUCCACGACACAUCCGUCGAGGAACAGAGGUACCUCUCGCAGAUUAAUUACGAGUCGGAUUCGUUCGCUAACCUCAUCCGCGGCAAGGCGCACGCCGCCAUGCCGUUCGAGCAGGAGGGACGAGUGUACAACGAGACCCCGCUGGCGAUCGCCGGGACGUCGGGCGCGAACACCCGCAUCCGCGGCGGGCAGCUGUCCAACCCCACGAAGCUGCACGUCGUCGUCGACACGCGCGAGUUCAUGUCGUCGCUACCCAGCGUCCUGCACCAGAGCGGGUUCAAGGUGAUGCCGUGCACGCUGGAGGUUGGAGACUACGUGCUGUCGCCGUCGAUGUGCGUGGAGCGCAAGAGCCUUCCGGAUUUGAUCGAGUCUCUGCGAAACAGCCGACUGGUGACGCAGAUGCAGAACAUGUGCAGGCACUACAAGAUACCCAUCCUGCUCAUAGAGUUCGAGCGGGACAAGGCGUUUGGGAUCCAAAACCCCGCCGACGUGCCCAGAGACCUCAACUACAACACGACGCAGGGGCGACUGGCCUUGCUCAUAUGGCGCUUCCCCAAGAUGCGCGUCAUGUGGUCGCGCUCUUUGCACAUGACGGCGCGCAUGUUCGCCGACUGGAAGUACGCCGAGGAAGAACCCACGGUGGAGGUGGCGGCUAAGGUUGGCGUGCCCCAGGGCGCGGACGCGGGCGAGCGGAACAGCGUGAACCAGCCCGCCAUCGACAUGCUGCGCAGGCUACCGGGCGUCACGGAUAGCAACUACCGGAGGGUGCUCGCGGCUCCGGACGUCGUGUGUCUGGCGGACCUCGCCGAGCUCACCAUGGAGCGCAUGCAGGAGAUACUGGGGGACCCGAGGCAGGGGCGAACUCUGUACGAGUUUCUUCACGCGCAGUACCCCGUGCACAUGAUGGGCAGGUGA